CCUUUGGCUCGAGUUGUGUCACGAUCUUCCAGCAUCCCAUAAGCCCUCCCGUUCAGGAAGUGCUACGACGUUGUCAGUGACGCUGGAUGCCAUUAGCUAAGUACUGUAGUAUCUUUGAUGCUGCUACAGUUUAGCUUUGAGCCCUGUUAUUAUGUCAGUUAUGGAAGAAGACGAGCUGGAAUUUGCCGAGGAUUUGGAGGCAAUUUUACACCUCUCACCAGAAGUGCAACUGGCCAUUGAACAGGUUUUUCCGAGCCAAGAUCCACUGGACAGACCGGACUUCAAUGCUGUGGAAUACAUCAAUACGUUAUUCCCCACAGAGCAGUCAUUGGCUAACAUAGAUGAUGUCGUGAACAAGAUCCGCCUGAAAAUCAGGCGACUGGAUGAUAACAUCAGGACCGUGGUGAGAGGACAGACAAACGUGGGCCAGGAUGGUCGGCAGGCACUGGAGGAGGCGCAGACAGCCAUCCAGCAGCUUUUUGGCAAAAUCAAGGACAUCAAGGACAAGGCGGAGAAGUCGGAGCAAAUGGUCAAGGAGAUCACCCGCGACAUCAAACAGCUGGACCAUGCCAAGCGCCACCUGACCACCUCCAUCACCACGCUCAACCACCUGCACAUGCUGGCCGGAGGGGUGGACUCACUCGAGGCCAUGACGCGCAAGAGGCAGUAUGGAGAGGUGGCUAAUCUACUACAGGGUGUAGUAAACGUGCUGGAGCACUUCCAGAAGUACAUGGGCAUCCCUCAGAUCCGCCAGCUCUCGGAGAGAGUCAAAGCUGCACAGAGCGAGCUCGGCACGCAGAUCCUGGCCGACUUCGAGGAGGCCUUUCCUUCACAGGGCUCCAAGAGACCUGGAGGCCCCAGCAUGGUCCUCAAAGACGCCUGUCUGGUGGCCAGCGUUCUGGAUCACCGCAUCAAGCAGGAGAUCAUAAAGAAGUUUAUCCGGCAGCACCUCUCCGAGUACCUCGUGCUCUUUCAGGAGAACCAGGAUGUGGCGUGGUUAGACAAAAUUGACCGGCGCUACGCCUGGAUCAAGCGGCAGCUGGUGGACUAUGAGGAGAAGUACGGCCGCAUGUUUCCAGAGGAGUGGUGCAUGACGGAGCGCAUCGCUGUGGAGUUCUGCCACAUCACCAGGAUCGAGCUGGCCAAGCUGAUGCGAGCUCGGGCCAGGGAGAUUGAGGUCAAACUGCUGCUCUUCGCCAUCCAGAGGACCACGAACUUCGAGGGACUGCUGGCCAAGAGGUUCUCGGGCUGCACCUUGAGCGACGUUCCCGGGAAGAGGCCUGAACCCCCCCUGGCUCCCACCAACCCUUUCCUGGAGGACGAGACAGGGGAGGACACGGCGUCAGAGAAGGAUGAGGAUUUGGACAAGCCUAAGAAACCCAAGGCCCCAGAUAACCCGUUCCACGGCAUCGUCUCCAAGUGUUUCGAGCCCCAUCUUUACGUCUACAUUGAAUCGCAGGACAAGAACCUCGGGGAGCUGAUUGACCGCUUCGUGGCGGACUUCAGGGCCCAGGGACCGCCCAAGUCGGCCACAGAGGACGGGGGCGCGGUGCUGCCCAGCUGCGCCGACCUCUUUGUCUACUACAAGAAGUGCAUGGUGCAGUGCUCGCAGCUCAGCACGGGCGAGCCCAUGAUCGCCCUCAGCACCAUCUUUCAAAAGUACCUGCGCGAGUACGCCUGGAAGAUCCUCUCAGGGAACCUUCCCAAGACCAGCAGCGGUAACAGCGGGGGUCUGACCAUCAGCAGCCUGCUGAAGGAGAAGGAGGGCUCUGAGGUGGCCAAGUUCACCGUCGAGGAGCUCUGCCUCAUCUGCAGCAUCCUCAGCACAGCCGAGUACUGCCUAGCUACCACCCAACAGCUGGAGGAGAAGCUGAAGGAGAAGGUGGACAUGACCCUGAUGGAGAGGAUCAACCUGUCUGGCGAGAUGGACACCUUCAGCACGGUGAUCUCCAACAGCAUCCAGCUCUUGGUCCAGGAUCUGGAUGCGGCCUGCGACCCUGCUCUGACAGCCAUGAGUAAAAUGCCUUGGCAGAGCGUGGAGCACGUAGGAGACCAGAGCCCCUACGUGACCUCCGUCAUCAUGCACAUCAAACAGAACGUCCCCAUCAUUAGGGACAACCUGGCCGCCACCCGCAAAUACUUUACGCAGUUCUGCAUUAAAUUUACCAACUCUUUCAUCCCCAAGUUCAUUAACCACCUCUUCAGAUGUAAACCUAUCAGCAUGGUGGGAGCAGAACAGCUCCUGCUGGACACGCACUCCCUGAAAACAGUUCUGCUGGACUUGCCUUCCAUCGGGUCACAGGUGGUCCGGAAGGCUCCGGCGAGCUACACCAAGAUUGUCGUCAAGGGGAUGACCCGAGCAGAAAUGAUUCUGAAGGUCAUCAUGGCUCCUCACGAGCCGCCCGUGGUCUUCGUCGAUAACUACAUCAAGCUCCUUGCUGACGGGAACCCGGAGACUUUCCAGAAGAUUCUUGACAUGAAGGGCCUGAAGCGCAGUGAGCAGAGCAGCAUGAUUGAGCUCUUCAGACAGAGGUUACCCACCCCCCCCUCGGGCAGCGAGGGCACGCCCUCCCUCUCUUUCAGUGCGCCCACCCCGGAGCAGGAGUCCUCCCGCAUCCGCAAGCUGGAGAAGCUUAUCAAAAAGAGACUGUGAAUCGAUAAGCUGGACGCCACCACCCUGCAACCUCCAUCGUCACCCUGCACACCCCUUUCAGUCCCCCUUGCCUUUGCACCCUGCGCAUCCCCUGAAGCCUGGCCCAGUGUGCCCUCUGGCUGCACGGCCUCCCCUAUUACUGUUGCUCUGGUCUCCUCCUGAGAACCCACAGCGCUGUUAUAACUUCAGCCUUCCUGUGCUCUCCUUGAGCCAAAUGCAUUUGAACUAAUCAAGGGCUUCAUAAUCAUGUUAUCAGCUCAAUCAGAUGUGUUUGUGCAGGCAGAGAUGUGAACGGUUCUAUGCUGUGGAUUCCCUAGGAGCAGGACUCUAAAACAUUGCCAUAUCACCACCAGCCCUGAUGGCAUCUACUGCAGCUUGCAACAGAGUCAAGGAAGCUUCAAUGUCAUGGACUCCAUGCAGAUGUAAUCACACUAUAACUGUACUUGAGCUAAUCACAUGCACAUUUGUCUAUAUUUUGUGUGGGUGGGGGAGGGGGUGUCUUUACUUCUAGCUUUACUGCUGGCUUUAGAGCGGAGGCCGUUGCUGGCAAAGUCAUGAUUGUGUACCUUUCCUUCCUUGCCUUCAAAUGAGUUUCGUGAUUUUUCUGGUCUUAGGAAAUGUCCUGAGUGGCAACACGCAACUUUAUAGUUAACCUCUGCUUCUUCCUCUGUUCUCUCUAACAACACUAACAAUAACCUCGCCAUGCAGUCAAUGUAUGCCAUUCAUCGCCCCAAUUCCUGAGGAAUAUGUUUGCACUUAAAACAGAAUCGACAGCCAUUAACUGGAAUCGACCAGAAAAGAAGCCUGCUGCUACUUGGCUCCAGUCCUUCCGGCCAGGGAGCCUCUCAUCAAAAUGAUUUAGUGGCAGCACUUUUAAAUGCGUCGCGUCCCCAUCCUCGCUUCCCCCAAAUGGCCCUCCCGGUUCUCCCUGCUGUGGAACUUAUAAUCAGCAAUGUUGGAGAUGUUCUAUUUGGCACUCUCUAACCUUGUCACCAUGGCCCAAAGUGAACUCCCCCGUUCGCCAUGUUUUCACGGUCGAGGCUCCAGGCCCUCUGUGGCCGAGGAACUUGGGAUUGCCUGUGUCCCAAUUAGAGACAAACCAGCCACACUUUGGCUUCUCUGAAAAAGAAAAAAAGAAAUCCCCAGGUUGGUUUCAAAAUUGAAACCAGUGUCAGUCUGUUUUUUUUCUACCACUGGUCUCUGAAUCUGUGCCAGAGCUGUAAGACUGGUUUAACGCUCUCAUUUAUUUAACUCUCAUUUCCCUACAUAAUCCAGUCUGUGGAGACCCCCAUCUCUUUUUAUGUGAGAAGCUAAAAAGAGCCAGGCUAGAAUGGCCAGUAUGUGAGAGCCAGACAGAGAGAAAGAGGGAGAGGGAGAGAGAGAGAGAGAGAGAUAGAGAGGGCGAGAAGGAAACAGCAUUAGAGUUGCCAGUGACAUUUACCUCUCCGUGAAACAGCAAAUACAGUAGCUCUGUCCAUCACUCAUGUGGAUAGUUAUGUCAUAUUGUCAUGUUGAGCAUUUCGUUUAUGUGACUGCAUGACUCAGUCUCUGGGUAAGCCCUGUAUGGAAACUGGAGAGAGCUUGGACACUGUGAUGGCUCUGUGCAAACAGCUGAGCCCUCACAGUUUUUCUUGUCUGCAUUUCUUUUAAAGCAGUUGUCAGAAAUUUGUGGUAACCUUAUAGUACCUUCUUUUUUUUAAAUGCUAUUCACAUAUUUCUGCAAUGAGGAUGAAGGCAAACACUUGCUAUGUAUAGUUGAGAUUAUAUGUGAGAUUUCAAGCAUUGUGUGACUGGGAUUUUGAAACUACUUGAUUUGCACUGCUCUCUUUUUUUUUUGUGCUUAACCAUAACAAUAUUAAAAUGUUGUGUUAGUGCUGUUGCUGUACACAUUCCUGCCUUGUUUCAAUAUUACUACAUUACUUUAUACUGCGGAAAUGCAAGUGUAAGGACAAUGAUGAAAUGGCAUAAUAAAAUGUCCUAGUCAAACUUCA